CUGGUCUUGAUUGGGCGGUUUACUUCGCCGCUGAUUGGCCGAGCCCUGGAGAGACGGUGCAGAGCUCGGAAGGAAAAAAGAGCAGAAGUACCAGGGUCGCAGGGUUCAAGAUGGCUCCGGCCUCCUUGGGUGACGUAGAGGGAAGACCUUGGGUCCGCCCCUCCCUCUUCGAAAAGCGGGGAGCAGAACUGGGGUUAGCCCGACGUGUGGAUGGUGCGGCCGUCGGCCAGUAGCGCUGGUGUUAACCCCACUCUCUCGGUUGGACCGCUCGGCCUCUCUAGGUGAUUCUCACAGCAGGACCGAGCCCAAGGCCCACCGUUGUGAUGUGACCCAGCAGACCACAGUGGACCUCAACUCCGUUCUAGACCUUAAAAGCAGAAAAGGACUGACUGGUUCCACCCCCUUAUGAGUGGGCGCCCAAAGGGCAGGGUCCGAUCCCUAGGUGACCCGCCGCAGGAUGGAGUAGAUCCGCCCCUUCCUUGUAAUUUGCCCUGCAGAGAUUUGGAUCUUCUUCCUGGCUGAACCGUUCCAACAGUCAGUGACCCUCACUGUGGCCCAAGGCCCAGAAUUAGGUAACAGUCCUCUCACUACCGAGGGCUCUUCACCAAGCCACGUAAACCCAGGGCAAAGGUGUCCAUGGGCGGGAGACAAGAACAAGCUAGCUAAGGAUUAUCCGAUACCUUUAAAAGGGCCUGUGUGACUGAGGAAUAAAGACCGAAGGUGGGUGGAGGAGAUGAAGACCAGGGACAAAGGGCAAGUGGACAGAAAGCUGGACAACUAUUCGGGGAAAGCCGGAGUCCUGGACAGAAAAGGUGAACUUAAUGCUCGAGUUCAGAAGGUGACCAGAAUGGAGCUGUGGCCCGGGGCCUGGACGGCGCUGCUGCUGCUGCUCCUCCUCCUGCUGUCCACCCUGUGGUUCUGCAGCUCCAGUGCCAAGUAUUUCUUCAAGAUGGCCUUCUACAAUGGUUGGAUCCUCUUCCUGGCAAUACUCGCGAUCCCUGUGUGCGCCGUUCGAGGACGCAAUGUCGAGAACAUGAAGAUCUUGCGUCUGCUGCUGCUCCACGUCAAAUACUUGUAUGGGAUCCGAGUGGAGGUGCGGGGGGCUCAGCACUUCCCUCCCACACAGCCCUACGUUGUUGUCUCCAACCACCAGAGUUCCCUCGACCUGCUUGGAAUGAUGGAGGUACUGCCAGAUCGCUGUGUGCCCAUUGCCAAGCGUGAACUAUUAUGGGCUGGCUCUGCCGGGCUGGCCUGCUGGCUGGCAGGAGUCAUCUUCAUUGACCGGAAACGCACAGGAGACGCUAUCAGUGUCAUGUCCGAGGUGGCCCAGACCCUGCUCACCCAGGAUGUGAGAGUCUGGGUUUUUCCUGAAGGAACAAGAAACCACAAUGGCUCCAUGCUGCCCUUCAAACGAGGCGCCUUCCACCUUGCAGUACAGGCCCAGGUCCCCAUCGUCCCCAUUGUCAUGUCCUCCUAUCAAGACUUCUACUGCAAAAAGGAACGCCGCUUCACCUCUGGGCGAUGUCAGGUCCGGGUGCUGCCCCCAGUGCCCACAGAAGGGCUCACACCAGAUGAUGUCCCAGCUCUGGCAGACAGAGUCCGGCACUCCAUGCUCACCAUCUUCCGGGAGAUCUCCACUGAUGGCCUGGGUGGUGGCGAUUGUCUAAAGAAGCCUGGGGGAGCGGGCGAGGCCCGGCUCUGAGCUCCACCCGUCCUCCCCUUCUUCCUCCCCAUACCUGACACAGGGCCUGAGGCAGGGCCAGGCCCACUUCCCUGGUCCCCACUCCCUACUCUCCUUUUGGAAUCCUCAACUUCUGAAGUGAAUGUCACUCCAUGUUCUGUCCCUGCCCCACCCAUGGACUCUCCUGCGUGGGUGCAGUCUCCACUCCAAGCCCACCUGCCAUCUUGUCUUGUGGGACUAUUGCCUACCCUCAUCUCAAGUGGCUCAUGAUACAAGGGUGGGAGACAUUCCAUCCCAUCCCUUCCCUAGUGGUCUCUUUGUGGCCUUCUCUCCCUCUCCGCCCUACACUGGACAAUGAACUCAUCUGUUCUGUGGAGCAGUCCACCCCUCACCCCAAGUCUGCAGACUGACUGGGCUCACCUGCUACUGAGGACUCCCCCGUCCUGUGGCUGGAAGCUGAACCUGACACUCCUCACCGGCUCACCUGGGGACUGCCUCAGCACUGUCACCCUCCAUCUCCAUGGGGCUGUCACCCUCCGUGGGGCUGGCUCUUGUCACUCAGAGGUCUCUCGUCCCUGCCCAUGCCCGGGGCUGAGCACACUCCACAUGCCAAUGUCUGUGUCCCCGCCACACCACACCCCUGCCCCCAGUAGUGGUCUUCAGGGCCCUGGCCCACACCAUCUAACCAAAUUCUGGAGAGGCAGGUGCCAGAAGCUGUGCUCUCUCCUCCCUGGGGCCUUAGGGAGAAGAACCUGACUCUGGCAAGAGGGAGAGCGGGGCACUUAAUUUAUUUCUUUCUUUGAGGUACCUCCCUCCCGGGUCAAUUUUCAUUUCCUCCCAGUGGCGCUGGCCCCCCUGCCUCCCACUCUAGACCCAUUCCUCAAACCCAGGAGGUAGACUGGGGGAAGAAGGAACGGGCGGGAUCCAGUUUUGUGUGGUUGGUUUUUAUUAUCUGGAUAACAGCAAGCAACUGGAAAUAAAGAGAAAGAGAGA